GACACAACUGCGCCAGGGACACCGCGAAUGUAGCGUUCAGCCGGGCAGAGAGAGAGAGGGGAAGCGAAACGCGCUACCUGCCAGUGUCCUCCUGCGUGUGUGUUUCGGUUUCUCGCCGUGCCGUGCGGCUGCCGGGAAGGAUGCAGGUGAAGAAGCACCGGGACUCGGACCGGAGCAGCGGCGGGGACAUGCUGGAAGGAGACGGCCUUCGUAAAAACUCGUCAUGCUUCUCAAAUAUCAAGAUAUUCUUGAUAUCGGAAUGCGCCCUCAUGUUGGCACAGGGCACCGUCGGAGCAUACCUGGUGAGUGUGCUGACCACCCUGGAGCGGCGGUUCAACCUGCAAAGCGCUGACGUUGGAGUGAUAGCCAGCAGCUUCGAGAUAGGCAACCUGGCACUGAUCCUGUUUGUCAGCUACUUUGGGGCCAAAGCGCAUCGGCCCCGUUUGAUCGGGCUGCGGCGGCAUCGUCAUGGCGCUUGGCGCUCUUCUGUCCGCUUUGCCUGAGUUCCUCACAAAGCAGUAUGAAUAGGG